AUGAAUCACGUAAAUUAUUAUAACUGUGAUGUUUGUAAUAAAUCAUACACAAGCCAAAAUCAUUUACUUCGUCAUCAGAGAAAACAUAUCAACGAACGUCCCCUCGACCCCUUUAUUUGGACGUGUGGAAUUUGUGGAAAAAUAUUUCGACAGAGACAUGGUCUGCAUCGACAUGUUCGUGUUCACAGUGGAGAGAGGCCCUACAUUUGCAUCAUUUGUGGGAAAUCGUUUAUUCAAAACUGUAAUUUAGUGAUUCAUAUCAGAAUACAUACAGGCGAGAGAAAUUAUUCGUGUGGAAUCUGCGGACGGACGUUCAGUGAUGGUCGAUAUUUACAGAAACAUAUUACAAUUCACACUGGAGAGAAAGACUACGUCUGUUUUUGUGGGAAAUCGUUCCGACACAGUGGCGGACUCUACAAACAUAAAAAAGUUCAUUCGGGACAUAAACCUCAUGUUUGUUUAAUCUGCGGCUGGCGUUUCACUGUGAAAGGAAAUUUGAAAAAACACGUCCUCACUCAUUCUGAUAAAAAAGCUUUCCAUUGUGAUAUUUGCGGAAAAUCUUUCCAUUUAGCAGAACUUUUUCAAAGUCACGUUCGAAUUCACGUAAAUCAACAACCAUUUAAAUGUGAUAUCUGUCAUAAACCGUUAAAUAGGCGAGACAGUCUCAAUAAACACAUGAGACUUCAUACAGGAGAGAAACCCUACAAAUGUUACAUCUGUGGCAAGGCUUUUACUCAAAAUGGAAAUUUAAAUGAACAUAUUCGAACUCAUACUGGAGAGAAACCGUACGAAUGUGGUGUUUGUGGAAAACGAAUGGCUCGUUCAGGAGAUUUGAAGAAACACAUGAAUACCCACGUAGCAGGAGAAAUAAAAAGGUGUGAAAUCUGUGGAAAAGGAUUCGAACGGAAAUGUAACUUAAUUCAGCAUUUAAACAGACAUAAGUUAGCUCAGUUGAAAGGCAAAGAGCCGGUUGACUAUUAA